GGCUUAGUGGGCGGUGCGUGCUCUGUAUUUACUCUGCGCCGCUCCGCCCUGCAGCGAGAAACAUAGAAAACUGUCUGUGGGCCGGAGGGAUGGAACAAGUGGAAGGAGAUGUUGCCGACAGGCACACAGUAAUUACUCCACCUCACGCACUACACCUAGUCGGUUCAGCUCCUUUCUCUGUACGCGGUAGCAUCCUCUUUUCUGCGUAACAGGACGAACGAGCAUUUUGCGCUGCUGCGUCGGAGCUUCAUGGCCGCAACACUCACGAUGAGCGGCGGCGUGCAGGAGGACCCUUUCUAUACGCUGCAGAAGGCGACUCUACCCGCUGGAUUCCCUCUUGAGGACUCGGCGUUGUUCGGCUUGGACUGCAAAAUCCCCGGAACGGACAAGGCUGCACAAAAUGACUUCGCACAGGCAACAUGUGAGAUGGACCGAUAUCUCUCCCCUCAGCCCCUACCCUUCCCAACUCACACAGACAGCCAGCAGAAGUCACACAGAGACAGUACAUCUGCAGUGGAUCAGUUCUUCACUGAUGAUGACACUGGGGCUCCCUACACCCUCAACAUGAAUCUUUACCUGCCUGAUGUGACUUACCUGAGAAUGGGCUCGAGUCAGCAUCUGCGGCUCCCUCAGCACCAGAACCAUCAAGGUCUCACACAAAUCAAAACUGAAACUGCCUCUUCGUGUUUUUCCUCUAACCUACAGCCUCACUGCCCCAACACUACACCCACAAGUAGCUGCAGCACAUCUGGGCAUGGCCCCGGCAAUAUUGCCAUGGAAACCUCAGCCAUAAGUAUGACAUUAACAGGGUUACCAGAUUUCAGUGUUUUCAACCAGUCGGGAGGCAACCGCGGGGGUGAUUCUUUGCCAGAAGUGUUUGUCAAACAGGAAAUGACAUCACAGUUUGAGCAGCAUGGACUCCACCAUGAUGGCAGCAGCUCGCUGUUCCAGCUCCUAAACUCUGGCUUGGAUCAUCACCACGGCAAUGGUAUGGAGGCUCAGCAGCAUCAUCAGCAGCAGCAGAUGCAACACAAUUCCACCACCACAAUCCACACGCCUUUCCACGAUUUGCCAGUUGCUUCUGCCACCCAACAAGAUCAAACUGCCAAGCCUGCCUACCAUAGCCUGGGCGGCAGUGUAUACACACACCCUCACACUCAGGCACACCCCCAUUUCCUGCAGCAGCAGGUGCUCUACCUGCCGCCCUCCCCGCCAAACUCAGAACCGGGUAGCCCUGACAGGCAGAAGGAGCUGCUCCACACUAUGUCCCCUCCUCCUUCAUAUGCAGCCACUAUUGCCUCCAAGCUUGCAGGAGGCAGUCCUGGACUUGGACCUGGCCCGGGACCCGGUAGUCUAGCCUUGUCCCUGACUGCAGGUCCCACACCAGUCCAAGGCCCGGGUGCAGUCCUUCCCCAAGUCCCCACAGCAACUCCAACCCCAACACAGAACCCCAUGCCUGUCCGCUACAACCGGAGGAACAAUCCAGACUUGGAGAAAAGACGGAUCCACCAUUGUGAUUACCCAGGUUGCAAGAAGGUCUACACCAAGUCAUCCCACCUCAAAGCCCACCUCAGGACUCACACGGGUGAGAAGCCAUACAGGUGCACGUGGGACAGCUGUGACUGGCGCUUUGCUCGUUCCGACGAGCUGACACGUCACUACCGGAAACACACGGGCGCCAAACCCUUCCAGUGUGCCGUCUGCUCCCGCUCCUUCUCUCGCUCCGACCACCUCGCCCUUCACAUGAAGAGACACCAGAACUAGCAGCAUUUGCACACACACUAAAAGUUAUACUGUACAAGCACUAUCAUAACACGUAAAGCACUCACUCCGUCUCCCACAGCUGCAGCGUUACACGCCGUGUGUUGCGGAGCGGUUUCACUGACAUCACUUUUCCUCCUGGUGCUGCAGUCCUGUGUCACAACAGUACGAUAGCAAACAAACAUGCUCUUGACCUGGAGCAGGACAAGUAGGAGGCUUUAAAGUAGGAAGAAAGUGGCCACAUGCCACUACUCCAGCCUCCACAUCUACUUGGUUUAGAUUUAUCUGGACAAUGACGAAGAAGACACCUGAAAACAAAAAGAAAAUGGUAGCUCCUAAAUGUGUUUCCAGUCCAUUUGGACUCUUUAUUUUUGUGACUGGAAAAAACAAAAACAAAAACAUUAAAAUAUUGUCUUUAUUGUAAUAUAUAAGUUUAUGAAAGCUAGCCAAGCAAAAUCUUUGUUUACUCGGUGGUUUGUUUAUAUAACUGGAAUAUCCAGAUUUGAUUUGUAUUUUAUUUUUUAAUUUUUUCAGUCCAAUUCCUUAGGUUUGCACUAGACGUGAUUAUCUCUCAGCCUUUAUGUCUCUCAAACACCACUGGAACAAUCAUUAUCACUACUGGACUGGAUCUUCGAACAGCAAGGACUUGUGUAGCGAUCAGAUAUUAAAAAUUGAAGACUUUGUUCUCUGGAGAUGUGGAUGAUAGAGCAGGAAAAAAAAGAUGGAGAUGGAGAGAGAAAGAUUUCUGAUUUUAUAGACUGAUGGAGGGACGUGGAUGGAUACUAAAGAGCAGCAAUUAGGUGAUUAAUUAUUUACGUUCUCUUUUUGAUGGAUUUCCAACCAGACAAAUGUAAGCAGGACCCAUUUUAGAAAUCUCAGUUAAAACAAAAGCAACUGAUUUGAUCAAAAUAAUAUUUCUGAACAGAUGUGCCAUUAAACGAUUUACUUUUUUAAAUGUUUUAACCAAAGUAUCUUCAUCAUCAUCACUGAUACCUUUAUUAAGUGCCUCUGGUUCAUAUGUUUCUGUUUUGUGGUAACAGCUGUGAUGGAUGUGGGUGGUUCUUUUAAAUAUAUAUGGUGCUGUUUUAAUUUACUAAAUUCUGAUGUUUCUCAUCAUUGUAAUGAAACAGCCACUCUAGACAUCCUGACAUUGUGUGGAGCUUUUGUCCAAGAGUGACAGUCCUUUCUCCAAGGGUGUUUAAUUCUCUGACUGUACACAGGUAACUUGCCACUUGGCUUUAUCAGUCAAACUUUCUCUGUUAAAGGACAGGUUCACCUUUAGAAAAUAAAUAAAUUGGAGGUACACGUGGUUUUAUCAUUAGCUUUUUGUAACUUUAGUUUAACUCAAAGUUUGUUUUUACACAGAACAUGAAUUCUGUUCCCUAUCCUAUCACUUCCAUUCAAAUCCAUCCAAGGGUUUACAAUAGUGUGCAGAAGUCUAGCACCAGCCCUCAUUUCUGUAUAUUUGGCUUCCCUUGUGCCCUUUAAAGGUGCUCACACCUCAUCAAGAUUGAAUGUGACCUACAACCUUUGUUACCACUGGUCUUAAUUGGUUUAUGUUGCAUACAGAAUAUGAGUGCCAUGAGGGGAAAAAAGUGUGUACCUGUCUUUUAAUACAUAAGGUGUCCAUUUGAUGGUGUGAUUUUUUUUUUUUCCUUUACCCUGCUAUUCUUACUGUGUUUGUUCAUUCACUGCAGGUAGCAUAAAGACAAUAUAGCACUGUAAUGUAACAUGGUAAAUCUGACUAUUUAUUUGAUUGUGUAGAAGCGGGGGUUGUAUCAGAUCAAUUGUCUUUUUCCCUCAGCAAAAAAGCCUUAAUGUAAAUAUAUGCACUGUAAAUACCCCCCCCCCCCCCCCCCCCCUUUGUUAUUUUGUAAACAAAAGGGCAAAAAAUGAGAGUGCGCCCUGCAUCCAAAAAUAUUUGAGCCUUUUUUUUUUGUCAAGACUAUUUUGAUGCCAUUGUUUUAUAUAUUGUUCUUCCUACUUCUUUUGUAGAUUUUUUUUCUUCCAUGAUAAACGUUCCAAAGACAAAAGUUGUUUUUCUUCAACUGAGUGAAGCUGAUGCUAAUAAAAUCAAUUGACACUUUUA